CACGAAUCAGGAAACAAAAAAAAAAAAAAAAAAGUUUCACAAUUUAUAUUAUAAGCAGGCGAACACAUCUAUAAGAAACAAGUGUUUUAAAAGAGAGCAAAGGCAAAAGCAAAAAAAAACUCAGACGCAACAACAAAACUUGAAAUCGUUGAUUCCGCUUUUUCGCAUUUUUCUCUCAGUUCUUUUUUGGGUUUUAUUGAUCUUCACCUCUCAAAAUCCGAUCGGUUCAUAGUUUGAAGAAGCUCUCUGCACCAGAAAACUUACAGGGUCUGCAUAAAGUGGAGGACUUGUGAAGAAAAUCAAGUUUGCUUUAUGUUCAAGAAGAAAUAAAUAAAGGGAAACAACUUCUGAUUUUCUGGUUAAAAAGAAAGCCAAAAAGGGAUUGUUAUACCUGAAGGAAGUAUAAGCAGUAUUCUCUGCCAAAGAUUUGUUGAUCUUCCAAUGUCAUGAAGAAGAGAGAGUCUGCUAAGUUUAAGAAUCUAUGGAGACAGGGACAAGCAUCAACACUAAUGGCUAUGAAACAAUCAAGGACGGUUCGUGGUUUAGCCAGUUUCGUAAUGGCUACAAUCCAUGGAUAGCUAGAUAUGUGUACGGUCUUAUGUUCCUCUUGGCGAAUCUUCUUGCUUGGGCUAUACGCGAUUAUGGCCGAGGUGCCUUGACAGAAAUGAGAAAAUUCAAGAACUGUAAAGACGGGCUAAACUGUUUAGGGACUGAAGGUGUUUUACGAGUUAGCUUGGGAUGUUUUCUGUUCUAUUUCAUUAUGUUUCUUUCAACCGCUGGUACAUCAAAGACGCAUUCAACGAGAGAUAAAUGGCACUCGGGAUGGUGGUUUGCUAAACUUCUCAUGUGGCCUUGCUUAACCAUUUUCCCUUUCGUGUUGCCUUCUUCCGUUAUUGAGCUUUACGGGGAGAUUGCUCAUUUUGGUGCAGGGGUCUUUCUCUUGAUACAGCUCAUUAGUAUCAUCAGUUUCAUUACAUGGCUCAAUGAAUUUUUCCAAUCUCAAAAAGAUGCAGAAAGAUGCCAUGUCCAUGUGAUGCUACUAGCGACCACUGCGUACACCUUAUGCAUAUUAGGGGUGAUUUUAAUGUACAUUUGGUAUGUGCCUGAUCCAUCAUGCUUUCUCAACAUAUUUUUCAUCACGUGGACUUUGUUCCUCAUCCAACUCAUGACAAGUAUCUCUCUCCACCCCAAAGUGAAUGCUGGAUUCUUGACUCCAGCAUUAAUGGGACUUUAUAUUGUGUUCAUCUGCUGGUGCGCCAUUAGAAGUGAGCCAGUGGGUGAAACUUGCAACAGAAAAGCCGAAUCGUCUAGCAGAACAGACUGGCUUACCAUCAUUAGCUUUGUAGUUGCAAUUCUUGCGAUGGUAAUUGCAACAUUCUCGACGGGAGUAGAUUCUCAGUGUUUUCAGUUUAAAAAAGAUGAGGUUCAAGAGGAAGAUGCGAUUCCUUAUGGAUACGGAUUCUUCCAUUUUGUGUUUGCUACUGGAUCAAUGUACUUUGCAAUGUUACUUAUUGGCUGGAACAGUCACCACUCCAUGAAAAAGUGGACAAUUGACGUUGGGUGGACAAGUACUUGGGUUAGGAUAGUAAACGAAUGGCUCGCGGUUUGCGUUUACAGUAAUUUGGAUGUUGGUGGCUCCAAUAGUAUUGAAGAGCAGGCAAACAACAUGAUUGGUUUUUGUGUUCAUCUCUGUAUUGAGGAAACUACACAGACGUUUCCAUCAGCAAUUUGGAUCUGGUUGGGAAAAUAGAAUAGAUUAUUAAGAUUGGGGAGCUGUGUGAAAUUAAACAUUUUUGUGCGUUAGAUUGUUUAGAUCAAAGAAAGGUGGAUAUACAAAUAUAGCUAUAGAUUAGUAUUUACUUUAAACCAUUAUGGGGUAUCUAAUCAUAAAGCAUGUACACAUUAUUACACAAACAUUUCUAUCUAUAUACAUAGUUUUAAAAGUUUAUUGAUGAAGAGUCACA